UUCUUUUAUAGUAACACAGUGUUGAACUAUGCAAAGCAUAUGCAUGAGCUCAUAAAUAUGAUCCAUCGGAUGAUCCUUGAGGGCUUGGGCUUGGAGGAUCACUAUGAUUCACAUAUGAAAUCAUUGGCAUACUCGAUAAGAUUUUCAAAUUAUUAUAAGAACGAGUUCGAUAAUGGAACCAAUCUUGCUUUGCCUUCCCACAAAGAUCCAAACUUUGUAAGCAUAAUUUGCCCGCACGGUGUGGAAGGACUUGAAGUAGAGGCUGCUGGUGCUACAGGUGGUGAAUGGAUACGAACAACGAACAUGACAAAUUCAUUCAUUGUUCUAGUGGGCGAAGCAUUUAAGGCAUGGAGUAAUGGAAGGCUUCAUGCUCCAAAUCAUCGAGUAAAACUAAAAAAUGAGACCGAAAGACGAUAUGCAGUGAUUUUUAGCACAUUACCGAGCGCCACAAAUGAUACAGUAAAUGCUCCGGAAGAAUUGAUUGACGAACAACAUCCUUUGCUUUUCAAGGCUUUUAAGUAUUAUGAUUAUGUGAAGUUUCGUUUUUCAGAGGAAGGAGAAAAAGCUGAUGAUGCCCUAAAAGCUUACUGUGGUGCUUAGUUAAUAUGUAUACAGUUAUAUGUGCGCAAUGUGCUGCUUAUUUUCUGUAAUUUUUUUUCUUUUUUAACCUUUUUGUGUGAAUUUGUAAGUUUGAUGGUGUGAUCUGUCUUGAAAAUCCUUCUCUGACAAUAGAAGAUUUGAAUAA